CGCCGAUCCGGCCUGUUUUCUCCCGAAGGGUUUGCCAGAAAGCAUGGCCGUCAGCGCUCUCCGAUAAACAGCCGAUAAGACGUUGCUCGAUCCAGAGAAGUCUCUGCUAUAUCUUACUCAAUUGGAACACAAUUCGAUAUCUGCAAGAAUCAUACCACUACCAGAACCAUGGGUUUCGGAGCUCCCGGUGGUGCUGCGACGAAUUAUAAGCCUACGCCUCCCGAGCGUGGUAGCUUUCCCCUUGACCACUAUGGCGACUGCAAACAUCUGAUCUCCGAUUACUUGAAAUGCUUGAAAUCGAAUCGCGGCGUGAACGAUGACGCAUGUCGGCAAUUGGCGAAGGGAUAUCUGGCUUGUCGGAUGGAACAUAACCUCAUGGCACCGGAUGAUUUCAAGAACCUCGGAUUGAACUUCGAGAAGAACAAGGCCGCUGCGGAGGGGUCCGCGGCUGGGUCGGCUGAGAAUAAGCAAUAGAUCUGGGCAGUUGGUGGCCUGUACGAUAUUCUGAGCGUUGAGUUCAUAGUUUGGAGGGGUGAUUGCGCGAUAUGGCAGAUAGCAGAUUCUCACUCUUCAUUCAUUUGGCGUCUGGGGUAGGGGACUUUUUGUUGCGAUACGAUUUUGUGUAUAUACAGGACGCGCCUUGAGAUAUUGUCUGUAUAUACUUCCUGAAAUACUCAAUUCCUUUC